AAGUGGUACCACCUGCACAGGUAGAACACUACUGUACCUGCAGAAGUGGACAGAGGACAGAUCAACGAUGACUUCAAGCAUGGAACGAAAGACUGGCCUGACCUUCAGUCUGGUGACUGUUAUCUUGCUUGCUGCUGGCAGCGUCACGUUUUCUGCUGGGAUUCCCCAACCACGGGUGGGUCAAGAUGAAACUCUGAACCACCCAGUGAAUGUUGACGACAUGAGGCACUGUGACUGUGUAGAUCCCAACAUUGGCUACAAGGACUGUGCUGACCUCUACCCUCAGCUCUUCUCGGCCGACACGGUGCAGGACGUACUCCUGUUCAUCAAACCUGAGUCUUCCACCGACCAGUUUGACGUCUACUGUGACAUGACUACAGAUGGUGGGGGCUGGACUGUCAUACAGAGGAGGUUUGAAGGGAAACUCAACUUCGAUAGAAACUGGGUGGACUACCAAAACGGGUUUGGGAGGGUCGAGGGGGAACUCUGGCUCGGACUGGAUAAGAUUAGCAACCUGACAUCCCAGAAUAGCUAUGAGUUGUAUGUGGAGUUGGAGGAUUGGGAAGGGAAUGUUGCCCAUGCUAAAUAUGAUACGUUCAGCGUUGGGGAUGAGAGUACAGAUUAUACACUGACCAUUGGGGGGUACAGUGGGGAUGCUGGAGACUCUAUGGAAUACCAUAACGGUAUGAAAUUCAGUGCUAGGAAUAAGGACAAUGAUAGGUCAGGUAGUUGGCAUUGUGCUCAGAAAGAUUCAGCUGGCUGGUGGUACAAACGUUGUGCUAUAACUGUCCUGAAUGGUCCCUACUUCCAGCCAGAGGAAUAUCAUGGCUCCUCUGACACAGGGUAUGGCAUUUUCUGGCAGCGCUGGAAAGGUUGGAACUAUGUACUGAAGGCCACCAAGAUGAUGGUGCGACCUCAAAACUUUGUCCGCAAUCUGUAACUGAAGUGCGGAUCCUUCUUUCAUAGACUAUAUGUAUAACACUGUAGUCUAUAGAAUGUAUUCCUUACUGACGAUGAUGGAAUUUGAUCAUUAAAACCACCACAAGUCAGUAUGACAUGAC